AAGCUAAGGAAAGUCCCAGGAACCCCAGGUCUGAUUAUAGAAAAGGAGGACAUCAAAGUUACCAAACAAGAAUAUAACCAAAAGGUGAAAUGGAUGCAACAAAUCAUUGGACUCGCAUCUUAUGUUGGUUACAAAUACAGAUUUGAUUUAUUAUACUACAUUAACGUACUAGCAAGACAUACAUUAUAUCCAAGUGGUACGGUAAUCCAAUUAGCUAAAGAACUGAUCCAAUAUUUAUGGAACACAAGAGGAAGGAAAUUAAUAUGGUUGAAAUCAAACAAUUCAAAUACCCACAAUAAAUUGAAUAUAAUAUGUGACGCUUCAUUCGCAAACCAAGAAAACUUCAAGUCUCAAUACGGUCAUAUAAUAAAGCUGAAUGAUAACAUUAUUGCCGGAACUUCAUCCAAAAGUACUAUCACAUGCUCUUCAUCAACAGAAGCAGAAUUAUACUCUGUUAGCCAAGCUAUUCCUCAAUUUGAAUUAUUAACGGCCCUAGUAAAAGAAAUCGAAGAUAAAACUAUAGAACCGAAAUUGAUCUCUGAUAGCCAACCAGGAAUAGCCUCCAUGAAAAACAAUGAUGAAAAAAUUAUGAAGAAAAAGUUUUAUGCAAUUAGACUACUAAGAUUAAAAGAAGAGAUAAAAGAAAAGGAUAUCAAACUCGAAUAUAUUAACACUAAGGAAAACAUCGCAGACAUUCUUACUAAACCACUACCAGUAAAAACUUUUACUGAGUUAACCAAGGAUUGGAUAUAUUAA